AUGAAGUUCUUCUACCCUCUCGCUCUGGCCCUCGCCGCCGUCGUUGCCGCUGCCGAUGAUGACUGCGACGCCGCUCCCAUCGUCGAGGCCUGCCUCACCAGCGAGAACGCAAAGGUCAAGGACUGCAGCUCCACCGACUACGACUGCCUCUGCGCCGCCUACCAGGCCGUUGCCACCUGCUACAACAACUGCCCCAAGGACUCCCGCGCCUCGCCCGCCCAGAACCAGGUGACCAUCUUCUGCCAGCAGGCCUCCCUCUACGGCUCCGCAGCCAUGCGCAAGACCCAGUCCGUCGUCUCGGCCACCGGCUCCGCCACCGGUGCCGUUGCCUCCGCUUCGGCCUCUGCCACCGCCGCCACGGGCACCAGCGCCUCUGGCAGCUCCGCUUCCUCCACUGCCUCGGCUAGCUCCAGCUCCAGCACCGCCAACAUGGGUGUCGGCCAGCUCGCCCGCAACACCGGCGGCGUUCUCCUCGCUGUUGCUGGUGUCGUUGCCGCUGUCCUCUAA